AGAGAGAGAGAGAAAGAAAGAAAAAGAAAGAAUUAGAAAACAAAGUUAGUAUCACUUAGUGAAGGGGUGAAGAAGGAAGAUGACCCCUGGAUUUCUGGGCUGAAUAAUUGGACAAACUGUCAUUCCCUCCCUGCUGCAGGGGAUGUGGGGGCAGGGCUGGUGCAUGGGAAAGUGAUGAGUUCUGGCUGGCUGCCCUGUGUUUGAGGUGGGGGCAGAAGCCUAACAGGCAGUGGCUCAGGGUUCCGGGGUCAAACAGACUGGGUCCAACACCUACAUUCAUCAACCUACUAGUUCUGUCACAUUGGGCAAGAAACUUGAUCUCUUUAAACCUGUUAAUUCAUCCAUAAGAUAGGAACAGUAAUAGAAUUUUAGGGUUGUUAUAAAAUGAGAAUAAAUGAGACAAUGUACAGUGUCUGGAACAUAAUAAGUAUCGAAAAAUGGCAACGCUAUUAUCAUUGUUAUUAUUUAUUAUCAGUAAAUCUGAAGCUCAGAGAAGAAGCAAUUUAAAGUCGUCAAAUGGAAAUUGAAACCAGGAGAAUAAAUGAGAUGACCCAAAAAGAGUGUAGAUGCUUAGAAAGGUGAAAGUUGAAGACCAGGAGCCCUGACAUUUCAGGGGUAGAUGGAGGAAAAACAGCCUAAAAAUAAAUGGUUAGAGAAGAAGGAAAACCACCAGAGCUUGGUGCCGUGGAAGCCACAGGGUGGACCCAGUUGUGGGCUGGGGCCUGGGGCCCAGAAGGUCCAGAAGGGUGACAAGGGGCCCUUCGACGUGGAGGCACUGGAUGAAAUCAGAAUGAGAUGCGUGGUCAAGUUGGAAAAGCAGCAGAUGCAGGUCCGUGGAACCAGAACAGCAUCUGUAGCGGACUGAGAAGCCAUUCUAGGCUCUUGGCGUGGGGUCUUGGCUAGCAGUUUGAUCUGAAGAUGGCAGUCCGGGCGCUGUGGGGCAGCCUCAGCCUGCUCCGCCUGGUGUGGUGCCUCCUGCCACAGACAGGCUACGUGCACCCAGAUGAGUUCUUCCAAUCACCUGAGGUCAUGGCAGAGGACAUCCUGGGCAUCGAAGCUGCGCGGCCUUGGGAAUUCCACUCCAGCAGCUCCUGCCGCACAGUGCUCUUCCCACUGCUGACCUCCGGCUCCGCCUUCUGGCUGCUCAGGCUCUGGGAACAGUGGGGGCCGUGGCCGGGCCCCGUGAGUGGCUACGUGCUGCUGGUGGGGCCCCGACUCCUCCUCACUGCCCUCUCCUUCGCCUUGGACUUGGCCGUGUACCGCCUGGCCCCGCUGUGGGGGGCGGAGCGCUGGAACGCCCUGGUCCUGCUGUCUGGCUCUUAUGUCACCCUGGUCUUCUACACGAGGACCUUCUCCAACGCCAUCGAGGGACUGCUCUUCGCGGGGCUGCUGGUGCUGGUGUCCCCCCGGUUAGCUUGGAGCCCCACACCCAGGAAGCCUGCUCCGGGCCCGUGGGCACACAGCUGGCUCCUGGGGGGCAUUGUGGCUGCUGGCUUCUUCAACCGGCCCACGUUUCUGGCCUUUGCUCUGGUCCCACUCUUCCUCUGGAGCACCUGUGGGGCCACAGACCCUGGCUUCAGGUCGCUGGCGAAGGAAGCCCUGGCGCUGCUCCCCGGGGCGAGCCUCGUGGCGGCCGUGUUUGUGGCUGUGGACAGCUGGUAUUUCUCCAGUCCCUCUAGAUCCAGUACCCUUGUUCUUACACCUGCCAACUUCUUGUACUACAACCUGGAUCCUCAGAACCUGGCGAGGCAUGGCACACAUUUGCGGCUCACUCACCUGGCAGUCAAUGGUUUCCUGCUCUUCGGGAUGCUGCAUGCCCGGGCCCUGCGCGCUGCGUGGCAACAGCUGCAAGGCUGCCUCCGGGCCUUUGCACAAAUGCACUUCCGGAGGGCUCUGCGGGGCCGGAGCCUGCUGUCUGGCCCCGGGUCUCACCUCCUGCUCCUCUACUUCACGCCUCUGGCCCUGCUAUCUGCCUUUAGCCACCAGGAGGCUCGGUUCCUGAUCCCCCUCCUGGUCCCCCUCGUCCUGCUUUGUAGUCCACAGACCCAGCCUGUGCCCUGCAAGGGCUCCCUGGUCCUCUUCAAUGUCCUGGGUGCCCUCUUCUUUGGCUGCCUGCAUCAGGGGGGCCUAGUGCCCGGCCUGGGGCACCUGGAGCAGGUGGUUCAUGCACCUGCGCCCCCCAGCCUACCCACCCACUACACACUCCUCUUCACCCACACCUACAUGCCCCCCCGGCACCUUCUCCACCUCCCGGGCCUGGGCUCGCCCGUGGAGGUGGUGGACAUGGGCGGGACCGAGGACUGGGUCCUGUGCCGAGCCCUGAACAACUUCACCAGACAACCAGCCUGCCAGGUGGCUGGUGGGCCGUGGCUCUGCCGCCUUUUUGUGGUGACCCCCGGCACCGCCAGGCCUGCCAUGGAGAAGUGCCACUUCCCUCUCAAGAGUGAGACACUCCUGUUUCCCCACUUGACCCUGGAAGACCCACCAGCCCUGUCCUCACUGCUGAGCGGGGCUUGGAGGGACCAUCUCAGCCUCCACAUCUUGGAACUAGGGGAGAAGCCUGACAAUGUGACCAAAAAGCCACCGCCCACGAUUCAGCCAUAGGGGAAGGCACCACUCCGCCUUCUCUGUGGGUAGCUGGGCUGGAGCAGAGCCCUGAUUCUCUUCCUUUCCUUUCCCUUCCGCAAUUCCCACUACUGCCUCUCCUGUGCCUAGGCUUUGGCUGCUCUGCCUUCUGGGUAAGCUGGCACCCUUUUCCCCUUACAGACCAAAGAUCUGGCCAGGGUCCCCAAAGAAGCUGGUGUAACCAAUGUCUGGUGAACAGCCCCAUGUCUGUUCCUGCCCUAUCCCUUCUAGCCACUGUGAUGUUUUGGUAUGUAAGAGCACCUGGUUAUGAAAGGAGAGAGAUCUGCUAAUGACAUUCCUGAAUGACCUCUCUCAAACCUUCCAGGACGCCUUACCUCUUGCUGUCAUGAUAACCCUCCGGCUUCCUGGGUCACCGGGAAGGAGGCAGUGUGGUGAUGUAGAGAGAGCAGGCAGCUCCGACUCCAGAGACCCGACGUCUAGUCCCUGGUCUGCCUGCCACUCCCUGGCUGUGUGGUCUUAAGAAAGCCCCUUCCCCUCACCUAGCUUCAGUUCCCAAUCUCUCCAGUGGAUAAAAGCAUCUAAGAGGUGUCUGCCAGCUAACACUGCGUCAUGCCCUGGUCUGCAGCACAUGUCCCCUGGCUAAACAGGCACAUCUGUCCCAAAGCUCUUUAAGCAGCAUGGGCGUGGCACUCUGGUGCCUGCUGUCUCAGCGUUUGGUUAUUACCAAAACAAGUAGUUCUGGAACUUUUCUCCCCAUCCUCCUCUACGCCUGUCCCCGAGAGAGGGGGUGGGACCUUUCUGCAUCUCACCCUUUAAGGGUCAUUCUCUGGGACUGGGGAACCCAGAUGUUCUCCCUCCUCAGCCUGCCCGAGUGGGAAUGGAGAACACACAAUGCUGUUAGCUGGCUGCACUUGAGAACUCUCUGGUGCUCCCAGAGGCUUCUUAAAUGCGAUCUGGUCACUGUCUAAGCUCAGAAACCUCUUCACAGGAUGGAGCGGAGCACCUGCUGCUCUGGUGAAAGCCAUCACAGCCCAGGCGCAGUGCUCCCCACAUUUGGGGCACCGCUGCCGAUCCACUGGCAACGUGAGGAGCCGCGGCACUCGACCUGUCCUCAUCCUCCCUCUUCAAAUCCCUACCGCCUCCUGCGAAUAAGCGGCAUGCAGGCCACAGAAUCAGCGAGCUGGAAAUCAGCGCAGGGCUGGAGACCAGACCGAUACUAAUGACCAAGCCUGAGCACUCUUCUAGUCCUGCCUUCUGCUGGCUGAGGUUUGGGGCAACUGGGAGCAACGGCACCCGGUCGUGCCGCUCUGGGGCAGCUGCUCAUCUUGGCGCCACGCCCUCCUCAGGCCCCGAGCAAGAGCAGAGUCAGUGAUAUGCCGGUCAGUGCUCAGCAGCCCACUCUCUGGGGGCAGAAAAGCCCCCAUGUGUAGCAUUGGCCGAUUUCCGUGGCAUAAAUACUCCCACCUUGGCUGAUUUCAAACUACCAAAAUGAUGCUACUGAACUCCAAGUUGGGAGGAGAUGCCAAAGAUCUGCUCUCAGGAGCCAGUAGAUGUUGGCUCCAGCAAACUACUGGACACUUCCCUCUUUUAAAUUCCGUAGUACCCAUUCAUGUCAAUGCAUUGCUCUUGUGGUUUAUGUUUCUAUGAACCUCUGAUUUGUCUUCCUAUCCCUAGAGCUUAGCAUCAUCUCUGGCACGCAGUAAACACUUACUGUUUACUGUGCAGCCAAAGAUGGCUUUUCUGCCCAAGUGCCAUCUUGGAGACACCCCGGACUCUAGGGUCCCAAAGCUUCUUGGGACUUUUGCCUCUUCUCUCCCCCAGUUGCAUCCACAAUCUCAGAAUUCCCUGGAGGAAUUCCAGGGAAUUGGUUGUAGCAGUCCAUGUAGAUUGUUGGUCUGGCCUCUAAUAAAUUUGUCCAUAAAGUGUUGA